GCUUCACUCUCCAAGUUCAGAUUUUCGCUUUUCUUUCACGAAAAACAAAGCAAUUGCAUUACUUUUGUUCCUAGUUAUUUCUUCAUUGAGAUUCACUGCACUGCUUUCCGUUCAGUUUCUGGAUUCAUCUUAGCAAUUUUUCUGGAGUUCAAUCUCAAUUCUGCUAGCAGUUUUUCACGACCCGAAGCUUCAAUGAAGUUCGUGCAGAUCUAUCUCUUGCCUAUACUGCUGUUGCUUUACAUGCAAUGCUUGUUUUCAGAUCCUACGCCCUUGAACUGCUCAGAUUCCACUCGCCUCUGCACGUCCUUUCUUGCUUUCAAGCCAAACAGGAAUCAGACCCUGGCUGCUAUUCAGAGCAUGUUUGAUGUUUUACCAAAUGAUAUAACGGUCGAGGGAAACGAUUUUGGCUAUCUCUUCAUCAAGAAAAACUGUUCGUGUAGUGCUUUGAUCGAUAAGUAUCUGACCAACACAACUUUCACGGUGAGGCAAGACGAAGGAUUGGUCUAUGAAAUGGUGAGAGAAGCGUACGGCGGUCUCGCCUUCAUGUCCAAUUCUACACGGAAAGCGCUUUAUGGUUCCGUGAUUUCCUUGCAACUCUUGUGUGGAUGUUCCAACAGGUUGUGGAAUUACUUGAUGAGCUAUGUGAUGCAAGAUGGGGACACGGUCGAAUCAUUGGCGAGCAGGUUUGGGGUGAGCAUGGAUAACAUUGAGACUAUAAAUGGUAUUGCAAACCCAGAUUAUGUUUCAGUUGGGGCCGUUUAUUACAUUCCACUGAAUUCAGUUCCUGGUGAGCCGUAUCCUCUGGAGGAGGAGAUUUCUCCCGCUCCUGUUCCGGCACCAUCUGUCUACACUUCCUCAGCAAAUCAAGCAAAUCACACGACACAUCUGUCAUAUGGAUGGAUUAUAGGGAGCCUAGGAGUUGGUCUUGUUGUGAUUCUUGCAGCCAUACUUAUCUAUGUUGCAUUCAAGUCAUCCAUCUGCUGUGCCUCUACCCCACAAAGUCAUGCAAAAGAUCCUGAUGGAAAGACCUCGCAUAAAUUUCAUAUCCUUCGGAGAACAAGUUUCUGUUGUGCUUCAGGACGGUCUUUGAGCUGCAAAUCAGAGAACUGGAAGCCAACUAAUGAAGAAUCUAGCGAUCGCCAAAUAAAUAUUCCUAAAGCUGUGGAGACUGAUGUAUUUGACAUGGAGAAACCUGUUGUUUUCACAUAUGAGCAAAUUCAUUCCUCAACUGAUGGUUUCUCCGAUUCAAAUCUGCUUGGGCAUGGGACAUAUGGUUCUGUGUAUUACGGAGUUCUUCGAGACCAGGAGGUUGCAAUCAAAAGAAUGACAGCAACUAAGACUAAAGAAUUUAUUGCAGAGUUGAAAGUUUUAUGCAAAGUCCAUCAUGCAAAUUUGGUAGAAUUGAAUGGAUUUGCAGCUACCGAGGACGAGCUCUUCCUUAUUUAUGAUUAUGCUCAAAAGGGCCCUCUAAGAAGCCAUCUACAUGAUCCUCAGAACAAGGGUCAUACAUCCCUUUCAUGGAUUGUGCGGGUUCAGAUUGCUCUAGAUGCUGCUAGAGGUCUCGAAUACAUUCAUGAACAUACUAAGACCCAUUAUGUUCAUCGCGAUAUCAAGACAAGUAACAUCUUACUUGAUAGUGCCUUGAGGGCAAAGAUUUCAGAUUUUGGACUAGCGAAACUUGUUGGAAAAUCUGGUGAAGGAGAAGCUACUACAACAAGGGUUGUGGGAACAUUUGGUUAUUUGGCUCCAGAGUACUUGAGUGAUGGCAUUGCUACAGCCAAAAGUGAUGUUUAUGCAUUUGGCGUUGUUCUUUUUGAGCUAAUUUCUGGAAAAGAAGCAAUUACACGAACUGAAGGCUUGAUGAUGAAAAAUCCUGAAAGACGUUCAUUGGCGUCCAUUAUGCUGGUAGCUCUUAGGAACUCCCCCAACUCAAUGAGCAUGUCAAGCUUGAAGGACUACAUUGAUCCUAAUUUGAUGGAUUUGUAUCCCCAUGAUUGUGUAUACAAGAUGGCUAUGCUGGCGAAGCAAUGUGUGGAUGAUGAUCCCAUAUUAAGGCCAGACAUGAAGCAAGUGGUGAUUUCCCUGUCACAAAUCCUUCUAUCCUCUGUGGAAUGGGAAGCAACUCUUGCCGGGAACAGCCAAGUUUUCAGUGGGCUUGUGCAAGGGAGAUAGAUGAUGGGGUUAGUUUCUUUUCUUUUCCACCCAACUACUUCGACAUCUUCUUUCCUCAUUCCCAUCUGGACUUCUUAUGUUCCUUUGUGUAUGUGUAUGUGUAUGUAUAUGUAUAGUCAUGCCUGCCACCUAUCAUCUUCACCUUUUUAUUCAUAAAAUUUAAAAUCUUGUAUUCUUUUUUUUUUAUUUCAUUUCACUUUGUGAGAAAAUUUUGUGAUAUGAUAUUUACAGAUUGAGAUUAAAGAAGAAUUUGGUUACUCCAAUCCAAA